CCAUUGUAUUCACGGUUAGCAAUAUUGUGUUUUCUGUAUCAUUCAAUUCCAGUUAUCAUUCAAAAUUCACGAUAAGUUAAAACACAUGUUGUUCAACAUUUGAAAACGUAAAACAAACUCAUAUACACACAUUCAAGUAGAAAAAUUAGGCCACGACUCACAUAUAUUCAGACAAUUCUGAAAUUAACAAUUUUAACAAUACACAAUGAUGACAUUACAGCACGGCCCAAAUAAUUACAACUUUAGACUGACUAUAAAAUAAAAUAAAAUUCACUUGACAUUUGAUAUCAAACUAAAAUAAAUACAGAAUAUACAAAUGCAUAUUUACACACCAGAAGACAUAAAAACAACAACACGUUUUUUUUGACAGAGUCAAAACUAACACCUUUACAAGUUUUCUUAUCUUUCAGAAACGUCAAGAAUUUUUCGUCAAAACGAAUUCAUUUACACCUUCAGGUGUUUUUUUUUUUUUUUUGAGACAGUGAAAAGUUCGAAACACAGCAACAUUUCAUGUAAACAUUGAGAGUAUUUAUUUGUAUUUAUUUAUAUAUUUAUUGAUUUUUAUUUGUUUAUUUUUUGCCAAAGCCGAAACACAGGAUGCUCCCUGUCUCAUGACCAAUGGCAAGUCUUUGACGAAAUGAGAAAAGCCCAUAAUCUUCAUUCCCUCUGUUAUGCGGAACAAACGCAUACAGGACUGGAAACGGGUUCGCCGAACCAUGGCAAAGAAAUUGGCGUGGACAACAGUAAGUUGGGUUCAGGCCCAGGGGCUCUAAACUACGCUUCUGACCAGAUGCGACGGUAUCGAACAGCUUUCACGAGAGAGCAGAUAACACGACUGGAGAAAGAGUUUUACCGGGAAAAUUACGUGUCCAGGCCACGUAGGUGCGAGUUGGCGGCUACCUUAAAUUUACCGGAAACAACCAUCAAGGUUUGGUUUCAGAACCGUCGCAUGAAGGACAAGAGACAGCGGCUGGCGAUGACUUGGCCGCAUCCUGCAGACCCCGCCUUUUACACCUAUAUGAUGAGCCAUGCUGCAGCCACAGGCAGCCUGCCCUAUACAUUUCCAUCACAUCUUCCUCUACCUUACUACUCUCCCCUCAGCGGUGUAACUGCAAGUUCCGUCUCUGCCACCGGGGGUCCAUUUUCCAACCCUCUGCGCUCGCUGGACAGUUUUCGGGUUCUUUCGCAUCCAUAUCCGCGUCCUGAGCUGCUGUGCGCCUUCAGACACCCAUCACUGUACCCCAGCCAGGGUCAUGGUCUUGGUCCCGGGGGAAGUCCAUGCUCCUGCCUUGCCUGUCAUGCUGCCAGUCAGUCAAAUGGUCUCCCACAGAGGUCCAACAACGCAGAUUUUUCGUGCUCGCCCACGACCAGGACUGAGGCCUUCCUAACGUUCUCUCCAGCAGUCCUAAGCAAAUCAUCUUCAGUCUCGGUGCACCAAAGGGAGGAAGUGCCACUGACCAGAUAAGACUAGCAAAAGGCUACGGAUUCUUCGAUUACUAUCCCGAUCAGCUUUGGGCACUUUGGCAAUAUUUAAUAAGUUAACGCAUGAACGACCCAAAGCACCAUGCACAACACAAAAGCAACCUGCUGAUAAGGUUUCAAUCUGUGGAUGUUUUCCAGUUGAGAAGCUAUUUAUUGUGCAAAAAGAGCCUACUUUUAACACUGAUAGGUGACGGACUUUUAGUUUAAAUAAUCUUUGGGGGAAGUAGAUAUUAAUAAAAGAUAUAUCAUAUUUAAGCAUAUAAAUUUGAAGGAUAUCCCAUCUACAAAAUGUGAUUUAGGAAAUGUAUUUGUAAAUCGGAAUGACUUGAGGAUAGCGCAAAGGCUUUCUCAAAAUGUAUACUCUCAUACUCCGUACAAAUUGACCCAUAUGCAGUUUCUUUCACAUUAAAACCAUGUUUUUCAUCUUGCUUUUUUAACAAGGGGAUUUGUUAACAGAGCAAGUUUGGCUCAUUAUUUAACUCCUCCACGAACGCCCGGUCCCGGUAGCACAACGAAUUGUGCAGAUGCGAGGGAAAUGAAGGAGUGAUGUAUUCGGAAGGGAAUUAUUUUGAAUGUUGAAUUAAUGAUAAUGCUGCACGCCCAGAGACUUGUCUGCCAACCCGGUAACAAGGCGCCAGGGGACCGGAUUAAGAAGUUCCAUGCGAGGCUUGCUGGCUAGACGGGUGACGAUGUGCUAGAGAUCCAUUGCACAAACAUGCGGCAAAUCUCACCAGCAUAACAUCAGCAGAAUGCUUUUACCAACACCUCCAUACCGUGCUAUCUCCUUGCUUUCGUAUCACCAUCUUUCAGGCAGUUAUCAAUGGCCUACAAAAUGAUAAAUCAAACAAAAAUGAUAACGUUGGUAUUUAUGGAUAUCAGACAUGGCAUUAUUUAUUGGUCGUAUUUGUUGUAAUGUAUUUACUUUUUUGUAUUUAAAUUCAAUUAUUGUAUCAUCCAGUAUUCGUUUUUGUAUUAAUGUUCACACUCGA